CAUUCGCGCCCCCACAGCACGGGCUGCCUCCCCCCCGCCCCGAGGCGGCAAGAAAGCAGCGCCCAGGAAAAGCUACCACACCCCUUAACCCUCCCCCCUCCGGGGUCGAACUCGGCUGCACUUCAUGACUUCUCUUUUUGUUGUUGUUGCUGCCCAGUUUUGAAGCUAGUGUGCCCGAGCCAGCCAGCUGCAAACAUUACAUCACUGACAAGGGACCCGGAUCCACUCCCAACUUUUGGGCAAGUGGCUCUGCUCGAGUUUUAGCCGGCAAUGCCCGAGCCCCCCUCCCGCCGGCCGCAGACGACAAACGGCUGAGCCCAAGCUGACGGCGGGUCCCGGAGCGGCCCCCUGCUCGCUGACACUUCAGCUGGAAGCAGCCGCCAAGUUUCCGCCCCUUGUCAGAUCCGCUCUAGGUGUGGCUUCUUACUGAGCGGCUGCGGAAGUCUCCCGUUACAGAUGUCAGCGCGGCUUGCCGAACAUCAACAGUUUAUUUUCUCUCCAGUUGCGGGAGGUUUUUGAAAGGUUAUCCAGUACACAUAUUGAAUCCAGGAGAUGCCUCCGCCUCCUCCCCCACCUGGUCCUCCUCCUCCUCCAACAUAUUCACAGGCAAAUACAGAGAAACCUUCACUAAGCAAAGCUGAGCAGUCUGACAGAAGUGCUCUUCUGUCAGAUAUAUGCAAGCCCAAAAAGUUGAAGAAGGCUGUUACCAAUGAUAGGAGUGCACCACUUGUUAACGCUCCUAAAGGUCCUGGAGGAGGAUGUGGUGGCGGUGGGAGUAGUGGCGGUGGCGGUGGUGGCGGUGGCGGUGUGGGUGCUGGCCCUGCAGGCUUAGGUGGAUUAUUUGCAGGUGGAAUGCCAAAGCUGAGAUCUGCAGGAAGCCGAGAGAGUUCUGAUUCUGGUGGAAGUCGACCACCAAUUAUGCCUCCAGGUGAAAGAUCAUCUGGUCCCAGACCAUUUGCACCAAGCAACAAUCCUCCACGGAUACCUGGGUCAUCUCCUUUUCCAAAGAGUAAUAACCCUGAGCUAGCAAGAAAUAAAUUUCCGCCGCCAAAUCAACCAAAAUUUUCAAGGCCAGAAAUAAGUUCAAAACCUGAUGCAGUUCCGCCACCUUUACCAAAUGCACCAAGACCAUCACCGAUGCAAAACAGGGGUCCUCCACCUGCAUUAGAAAAUCGACCACCCAUCAGGGGACCUUCUCUACCAAAUCGCAAUCAAAUGUCUUCUCGUCCGUUCUCUCCAGCUGUUCCACAGAGCAGUGCAAAUCGAUCUUUUCCACCUCCCACACCUAACAGGGCUGUUGAGGACAAACCUUCACCACCAACACCUCCAAUUCCCAGUACUAACAGACCUCCGCUGCCUCCUACACCAGUUAGGAUGACAGAUGAUAGGCCGCCACCGCCACCUAUGACAAAUAGGCCCUCAAUUAAUAGGGAGGGCCCACCACUCCCACCACCACAACAUCAGAAACCACCUGUCCCUCAAACGCCCAGGCCAACUCCCUCUUUCCAAGCUCCCCCACCACCACCACCUAAUCGACCAGGACCACCUUCCAAUCAUCCGAGCUCCGCUACGGAUGUUGAAUUUCCAAAGCUCCCUCAACGAAAUCUCUCUCUCCAUGGCACUCCAUCAACAUCACCAGGACCAAUUCGCAGUGGUCCUCUUCCUCCCAGUGAAAGACCUCCACCUCCUGUGAGGGAUCCACCAAGCAGAUCAGGACCUCUUCCUCCACCACCUCCGGUUGGUAGAAAUGGUGGUAGCCAGAAAGCACCACCUGUCCCACAGCCUCCAAGCAGAAUGGGUUCAGACACAAGGAGUGGCUUCAGACCCCCCCUUCCUCCUGACCGAGGAAGCCCUGUUCCCCCACCUCCCCCACCAACGUCAAUGAGGAAUGGCUUCCAGGAGUCCUCGCAGUCAAUGUGUGAUGAUGAGUGGGAAGGCCGAUUUUCUUUCCAUUCCAUCUCUGAUUUUCCACCACCAGAACCGUAUGUAAACUUCCCAAAAACUUAUCCUAGUAAACAGAACAAGGCAGAGAGCAGAGAUUCAGGUCGGAGAGAGCGAGGUGCUCCACCCCUUCCACCAAUCCCACCUAUACCGAGGUGAAAACAGAUCUGGGCAUUGAAAACUCACGAAGUCAUUCUACUCUUAGACCAUCUUGCAUGCUUUAACUGCAGACUUGCUACAGGGAUGUUGAAUUUGCCUCUCAGAUCCAGUCAUUUUCAGCUGUAGGAAUGCUGGCUGUCUGGCAUUUGUUUAUCUGAUGCUUACAGCAUCUAGAAAUUAAAAAGAAAAAAAUUCUCCUUUGCAUCUUUUGACUGCUUCAAUGUAAUACAUGCUAACUUGUUUACAAUAUUAUGGACCUGAAAAAAAAUGUAUUUUUCAAGAAUAUUUCUUUAAUCUAUUUUAUACGGACGCAAUAUCAUUUGGGUGCUCCAUUGGGACGAAUUUGAAUAAAAAUAGGCACUUUGGCUUUAAUUAAAUAUUCUUAGUCAUGUUGUUAAAUUGAGUUGAAUAAAGAGCAGAUUUGCAUUUUCCAAUCUGCCUGUUAUAAAUUGUAAACCAAAAAGUUUUGAAAAGAAGAAAGAAGCUGCUAAUGUACUGUUGCUUGUUGAAUUCAUUAACUUUAGUAGUUUCUGUUUACAUAAUGUACAUGCUCAACAAUGACAGAUAACAGAUCACAAGUAGUUAUGUGAAGUUACACUUAUGGUUUGAUUUGAGGUUAUCAUUUAAGAAAAUUCAGUUAAUAAAACUUACAAUCCCAUUUUUAAAAAUUUGCUAUAGUUUAAAUUGUUUAAAAAGUGCUGUAUUUACUUUAUAAAUCAUUACUUAUCAAUAUAUUUUAUAUUACUGUUUAACUCUAAGUAGUUUGAGAAGAUACAUAAGCAUUACAACAAUGGAAAUAACAAAAUACUUUGGAAAAGAAAAUUGGAUUGUGCAUAGCUCUGGCUGUCCCUUCACAAUUGCCAUCUUCAAUCACUGCUUUCAACCAAAUCAGUUUCCGUAAUAUUUAUCGUAAGUUUCUGAGGACCUUUGGUGGUGUAGUUUCCCCGUCCUUAACUCUGAGCCAGGUGGCCUGGGUUCAAGUCCUACCUUCUCCAGAGGUGUUUAAUAACAUACUUCCACAAGUUGUUUAGAAAAUAUUAGAUGGGUAACAAUUAUGCAAAUGAUUUGUCUACUGUUUGAUGCUGUCAGAAACAGGCAUCUUCAAUAUCAUAAAACUACAUAGAAUAUGCAGCACAAAAAUAGACCAUAAACUUUGUUAGUAAUCAUACUCUAUAUAGACCAUCUCCAAUUAUAGCUGACACAGCAUUUUUUCUUUCCUUCUUUUCCUCUCUCAAAACUUGUCAAGUUUUCCUUUGGAAGCAUCUAUUUGUCUCAGUCGCUUCUUUGAUAGCCAGAUCUAUAUUUUAACCUAAUGUUUCCCAAAGUUUUUCCAUAUGAGCUUAUUUUAAUGCCUUGGACUUUGUAUUAUGUUAGAGUGAACAUUUGGGAGGUGCAAGCGAUGGUGAACAGGAGAAUAGAGGGUGGGGGUGGAGGCUGCAACACGAGUGAUAGACUUCAGCUGCUAUGUAGGGUUUAUCUGCUAGAAAGUAUUGAAAUGGUAGCGUUCUUAAAAAAUCUACCUUCACAAGUUUUCCUUUUGGAAGCAGAUAUCGGGCCGUUGUGAUCUGUUUAUUAUUCCUUGGCCAUUAUUACAAAGGAAAUGCAAGGAUUUAAAGGGGCCUCGCAGUCAUUAGAGCUUCAUUCAAGCUUCAAUGGCACCUGCACAUUUUUUUUCCAAACAAAAAAAAAUUUAUGAAUAAAGCAUUAAUAUGUUACAUGAAAGUAUGACAUUUCUCAGGUAAGCAUGUUAUACUCUUAGCUGCCCCAAUCCAAAUGCAAACUUGGAACAUUUAGUAAAUAUGACAAAAAGCUAUUUACAUUCCAUUCCAAUCCAAGCUACAAGGUCUUCUAAAUUAACCAGCUGUCUGUACACCGUGGCAGAAACAUGUUAGAACGAUAGUCAUUCCCUACUGCCUGGUGGCUGCUGCCCUAAGCUCUUUAGUGUGUCUGUCAACAUGUUGUCCUGGACCUUAGAAUGUGUUCAUGUGCAACAUUCUGUCAACAUCAUCUCUUUGCACUGCAAGCCCAUCAAAUUUAAGCAUGAUCAAAGCGCAUCUUUCACUGAGUUGUUGGUCUUCUGUGUGUAACUGUUGUUUGUCUCUACAUGCAUCUGAGGAAACAGUCCAUAGAACACAGAGUGCUGCAUCUCUAAGCUGCAUGGGGAAACCUCAACAAAAAAACACUGCAUCUCUGUCCAGACCUUCCAUGUCAGCCAUUGCUCCCCUACAGAGCUCAUGAUUAAAACGAAUUAUCUACAGUUUGACUAAAUCAGAGUUACCCAAUCUGAGUAAAAACAAGUCUCCUUAUUUGUAUUUAUUAGUAAUAACCCUUCAUUUAUGGCCCCUUGUUUUGGAAUCUCCCACAAGUGGAAACAUUCUCGCUGCAUCUACUGUAUCCCAACUCAUUUGGAAUUUUACAGACCUGUCUUAGCUUAUCAUGAAGAACACUUGAAGCAGUAGGGAGAUUUUUAAACUAAUUCUAUUGAAUAAUUAUUGCCAGAAUGAGAAGCAGGAAGUUUUUUAAUUGUAGAAAUUACAUUUAAAUCAUUGUGUGGGAAUUGAAGUAGAAGAUUAGAUCAUACAGACAGAAUUAAGAAAAAGUUUCAGCUCUUCAGAUGGCUAUUUAACUCACCAUUGUGAUAUUUGAAUGAAACAUCACUGUUUACAGGUCUGGCAAAUGUUUGACUGGAAAGGUUUAAUGUGGAUACAAUAUAUUCCAACCUGGAGAAUUUCAAAAUGGCAAAAUCAGGAUGAAAGAUGUUUCGGAUGUUUUUGGUAGGACAUCAGAAGAGAGCGAGUCACCGAUCCCAGCAGUAAUGUGAUGCUGCGUUGGGAUCAGAACUUGCACAGAAGGGAGAUAAUGGGAACUGCAGAUGCUGGAGAAUCCAAGAAUACAAAGUGUGUAGCUGGAUGAA